AUGGCCGACAUACUCUUGUCAUGUGCGAAAGAUGGAGAGGAAUUCAUAGAUGUGAGAAAAUGGCUUAUGAAGGAUGCGAAGUAUGUACGUGCAUUAUCUUCUGUGCCUGAAGGUCAUAUUGGCACCAUUCAUGGGAAUGUCAGGAAGGCUGCGCAAGCACAUGUGGCAAGCCACUAUGGUCUCACAAAAGGUGCUGACAACAGGGUCGCGGACCUUCUCAAGAACAAUGCAUACAUUUAUCCGGUGAACACGAAGGGGGACCUUAUCCAAACCAAACCAUUUCAAGCGCCGGCGAUUUUGGACACCAUCGAGGAUGCAUUCUUCAGCGAUGAGCUCGCAGUGGGAGUAAAGUGGCAUGAUCAUCUGACAUCAACAAUUGAUAAUCAUCCUGAUGAGGUUGAGCUGCCUGUCGCGAUGGUGGCACUUGCUAGCACUGCAGUGUGCUCCAUCAUUAUGCAGUACUCCUCCGAAAAAUUUGACCGAGACUUCAACUUGGACAUGUACGGCAGGAUCUAUCAGUCAUUGGUUGGCGUGUUGAAUGGCAUCUUCAAGGCCAGCGAGCGCAAAUUUCACAUACUCGUACACUCGCUGUACAAGUCUGUCUGUGGGUCGAAGCGCAAGACUGAAGAACCUAGUGCAGCCGAUAGUCUCAUGUUCCUCAAUAUUGAUGGUAUGGCGGAGGAUUGA